AUGAAGAUCCUUUUGACGGCUUAUUUUUUAGGAAUAGUCGGAUACGUGAACAGUGAUUCAUCCGCUUCCGAAUGGUCGUACAAAUACCAAACCCAAUGGCCGACCCAGUGCCGGAGCGGGGUCCAGCAGUCGCCCAUCAACAUCAUGAGCAGGAACGCCAUCGUGGACAAGCACCAAGCGCACAUCCGCGGGCCCCUGAUCUUCCGAGGAUAUGGGAACGUCAAACUUAAGGCCCGCAACACUGGGCGAACGCUGAAGUGGAUGGUGGAAGAAGACAGUGUUGCACCAGUUCUUUCUGGUGGCCCUCUGCGUGGCAACUACACCUUCAUACAGUUCCAUCUUCACUGGUUCUCAGAGCACGCCAUCGAUGGCAUGAAGUACCCGUUGGAAAUUCACAUGGUGCACGUCAAAACUGGACUGACGACCGCGGAGGCCGUGAAGAGGCCCGACGGCCUUGCGGUGGUCGGUGUUCUCUGCCAGGUGCACGCUGGUGACGGUAGCGAAUAUCACCUCGAAGAGUUAGAGUCGCAGCUCCCUUCGCUGCUCAGCCCUACACAGGGAGAAGGAUUACCCAUCACUUUGGAUAUGACUCGUCUGAUGAGUCCGCAACAGCAGUCCUACUACACCUACCACGGAUCCCUGACCACUCCCGACUGCCAGGAAGUAGUUACGUGGAUAGUCCACGACCGCCCCAUCAGUAUAACAGAUUCUCAGUACAAAACGUUCCGCCAAGUGAACGUUGGCGGUGUCGACAACUACCGAAGUCUGCAGCCGACCAACCGCGUGGUGUACAGGAGUGCCGCUUCUUCGAUAUCCUCGCCAGGGCCCAUCGGCAUCCUGGGCGCCCUGCUAGGUGCUACCUCCCUCUUGAAAUCCACAGUUGGAACAGGCUUCUGCUUCUUCGUGAACAUUAAGAGGAGACUCUUCGCGGACGCAACAAGCGAUUGC